CCCUUGCUGUGCAAAGCAGCGCCUUAAACCCCUCCCCUCUGCUUUCACUCUGCCACCUUUCCCUUUCCUGCUCAUUCAGAACAGAUGAUGCUCCCUCUCACAUGCAGACCUCUCCUCUCCCUUCCCUCUUCCCCAGCCCUUUAACAAGCUGCACACCAGAUAUUCAUCGGGAUGGGAGAGAGCAGGGGCAAGGGCAGGCUGGCAUCUGACAGGCAGAAGUAGUGCUGCAGUGGUUUGGGGAACCCCUCCUCAGCCCUGACAGAGUGAAGGAAAUCAGGAAUACCUAGGGACAGGGGUGUGUGCAUUUAAAUCACCGUGCUACGUAAAUGUUUUGUAAUAACAGGCAGAGGGAAGAAAGGAGGAGACAACCCAAGGAGCAGAAGACGACCCCAGCUUUCUGGUGAUGGCAUGGACCGGACACUUUUCCAGCAGCUGUUCUACCUACCUCUCAGUCCUGUCACCGUCCAGCAUCCCCAAAGUGCCAAGGCACAAGACUGAUGCAGAGUCACUCUUAGCAACCCAGCCAUGGCCGGAGAUUCUCGAAUCUUCAUGAACCAGGACAUGGACAUCGGAGUUGUAUCCAGAGAACCUAAGAAGAUUCCCAAACAGGCUCGAGAUGACGUCCCCAUUGCCACUGACCGAACCCGCCUCAUAUCAGCAGAAGGUAAGAAGCCACGCCAGCGUUACAUGGAGAAAAGUGGCAAGUGCAAUGUACACCAUGGAAAUGUCCAAGAAACCUAUCGAUACCUUAGUGACCUCUUCACUACUCUGGUGGACCUCAAAUGGCGUUUUAAUCUUCUUGUCUUCACUAUGGUCUAUACCAUCACUUGGUUGUUUUUUGGGUUCAUAUGGUGGCUCAUUGCCUAUAUCCGGGGAGACCUGGACCAUCUUGAAGAUGAAAACUGGAUCCCCUGUGUUGAAAAUCUCAGUGGAUUUGUUUCUGCAUUUCUGUUUUCUAUUGAGACUGAGACAACAAUAGGGUAUGGCUAUAGGGUCAUAACGGAGAAGUGCCCAGAGGGCAUUGUACUGCUCCUGAUCCAGGCUAUUCUGGGCUCCAUUGUCAAUGCGUUCAUGGUGGGAUGCAUGUUUGUCAAGAUCAGUCAACCAAAGAAGAGAGCUGAAACCCUCAUGUUUUCUAACAAUGCGGUGAUUUCCAUGAGGGAUGAGAAGCUCUGUCUCAUGUUCCGUGUUGGAGACCUCCGCAAUUCCCACAUUGUUGAGGCUUCCAUUAGAGCCAAACUGAUUAAGUCCAAACAGACCAAAGAGGGAGAGUUCAUCCCCUUGAAUCAAACAGACAUCAAUGUGGGAUUUGACACUGGAGACGACAGGUUGUUCCUGGUGUCACCUCUUAUCAUCUCACAUGAAAUCAACGAGAAAAGCCCCUUCUGGGAGAUGUCUCGCACCCAACUGGAGAAGGAAGAAUUUGAAAUUGUGGUCAUCCUGGAAGGAAUGGUGGAAGCAACAGAUUUGAAUUUUUUAAAAGGGUAAAUAACAACAAACUGAAGAACACCAACACACAAGAAACACAUCAACCAGCCUAAAAUGCAGUGUUUCUAUUUUCCUGAAGAAGAAAAUAAACAUUUUAUUAGUCAAGUGAGAGCUCUCCAGGGACCCACAACUAUUUUACUUCCUAACCCAUGAAGCCAGCUGCAGCAGAAUGCCCACUGGCAGGGGUGUUUCCAAUCAAUAUUUUAGUACAGUUGUGGCACUGUGACUUGACAACAGGUUAAAAACACCAAAGGGAGACUGGGUUUCUGAACAGAUCCGUGGUGAUCAUUGCUGAGUGAAAUAACCACUGUAAAGGCAAAAUCAAUAUAGAUGACAAGUGUUCUGACUUCCAGUGCUGCUUUGUGGGCAUCUUGAAAGCACCAGCAUCACUCACAGUGCUUACUUAAUGAAUUGGUCACAGAGAUUAGUUUAGGGAAUUAAUUCUCUUGUGCCAUAUCUUAAAGGGACACUUGUCGAGAUCAUCUGGCCCAAAUUUGAUCUACAAUAAAAGGAAAGAAACUGAAGGUGAAAAAUCUGUUUGCUAAGUGAAUACAUUUUUUCUUGCCACUGUGAAAAAGCAGAAAUGCAGUGAAAACAAAAAUCAGAGCUAACCUGUCGACGGAGCAGGGCUAGGCUGUUGUUGGGCCAAGCCUCUUGCCUUUAUCCUCCUGAUGCGUAAUUCAACUUACUAUAUCAAGCAAGGCAGCCAGAAUGCAGAACAGCAGUGGAGAUUUGCACACCUCCUCCAUGUGCUUGCAGAGUGAACUGGGUUAUGUGGUGAAGAAAUGGCUGACUCAAUUAAAGAACAUUAGAGGCUCCUUUUUUUCUUUUUUUGCCCUCACUGUCAUUCCAUGUGAUGAAGCAGUCUACAUAGACUUUCUGGAAAAUAAUUUGAAGACACUCUCUUCCCUUCCAACUUUCCCCUUUUGCUGCUAUUUACUGACAAUUAACCAAAACCUAAUCUAUCAGUAGCUGUCCUGCUAUCCUCAUUCUGAAUCUACACUGUCCAGUGUUGCGAUUGUCUGGGCAGAGAUACUGGUGCUUUUUACUUCAUCCUUGGUCCUCACUGGCUUUCUCUGCCUCUUUUUCCAACCUAUAUUAAAUAACCCAUAGGAGACAGUCCAAAGGCCUGAUUAGUCCCAUGGCUAAACAAAGUUUUAAUAAACUCUUAAGAAAGGAUAGGUAUAUACACUUCUGGCUUACCAUGGUUUCAUGAUUGCAAGCAGUUUACUCAGAUUCAGGAUCCCGCAUCUCCAUUCCUCAUCCUGUCCCUAAGAGAAUGUAACCUUUUUGCACCUCAAAUUAUCCAUCUUUACAGAAGAUACAGUAAAAUUUUGUGGCUGAAAAAAAAAAAAAAA